CUCCAGGGGGGGGCAACUGCCCGCCUUCGCCCCCCGCCCCCCUAAUAAACGCCACUGGAUUAGACAUUGUGCAUCGCUGCGGGGGUAUUAUACGCUGGUGCUUCCGCAUUACAAUAAACAAAUAUCUUUCAGACAGAGAUGCGUGCAGCAAUCCACGUUGAUCACCAGAGACUUCACAAUUUAAUCCCGGAGAUCAUACAAUAGCAUUGGGAGUUACUGCUCCGAUAAUAUGAUUGACACAAAUCCAUUCAAUAUGUAUUCCUACGAUGGAUAUGCAAAGAUUGUGUUCAGGUCAGAUCGUACCGUAACACGAACCGGUUUUUCAUUGACAUACCAGUUAAAGAACAAAACAUCAUCACGGAUGGGCGGCUCAGCAACAUCAAGUUGCUACUACAGCGAUAGUUCUGCAGCAGCAACCUUCUACUCUUCUGGUUGGCCCUACAGUUACUACGCGAGCAACACCCCGUGUUGGAGGCGCUAUUACGCCGGUAAUAAUCCGGUAUGGGUUGCUGUUAUGGACAUUUCAUUAUACCUACCACCUUCUGCCUACUGUUACUCAUAUGGUUCCUAUUUUGAAGUGAAAGCAUCGUCUUAUCGCUACACAACUUCAUCAAGCAUAUUAUCUAAUGCAACUACUGUAAGUGGGAUGAUCUGCGGAAUCAAAACUCAUUCAGUGUAUACUGUUAAAAACAAAUACGUUUAUCUAUUCAUGAAUAGGCCCAUCACUUUGUCUGGAUUUCGUGGUGUCAUUGUCGGCUACAUGGCCUAUGAUGCAAAUGAGUGUUUACUUGGAACCCAUCAAUGCAGUUUUAAUGCUUCUUGCACAAAUGUGGUUGGCUCUUAUAGAUGUUUCUGCAAAAGCGGCUACACAGGAAAUGGAACCAGCUGCUCAGAUGUAAAUGAAUGUACCAAAGGAACACACAGAUGCAGUUCUAAUGCUAUUUGCUCGAAUACUGCUGGCUCAUAUAGAUGUUUCUGCAAAAGCGGCUACACAGGAACUGGCACAAGCUGCUCAGAUGUUAAUGAAUGCACACAGAGGACCCAUGGAUGCAGCUCUAAUGCAAUAUGCACAAAUACAAUUGGCUCAUACCGGUGCACGUGCAAAAGUGGCUAUAAGGGGACCGGAACUAGUUGUGAAGAUGCUGAUGAAUGUUCUCAAGGGACCCAUGGAUGCAGUUCUAAUGCAACAUGCAGAAAUACAAUCGGUUCAUAUCGGUGCACAUGCACAUAUGGCUAUAAGGAGACAGGAUUUAGUUGUGAAGAUGCUGAUGAAUGUUCUCAAGGGACCCAUAGAUGCAGUUCUAAUGCAAUAUGCACAAAUACAAUCGGUUCAUACAUGUGCACGUGCAAAAAUGGAUAUAAGGAUACAGGAUUUGGUUGUGAAGAUGCUGAUGAAUGUUCUCAAAGGACCCAUGGAUGCAGUUUUGAUGCAACAUGCAGAAAUACAAUCGGUUCAUACCGGUGCACAUGCACAUAUGGCUAUAAGGAGACAGGAUUUAGUUGUGAAGAUGCUGAUGAAUGUUCUCAAGGGACCCAUGGAUGCAGUUCUAAUGCAAUAUGCACAAAUACAAUUGGUUCAUACAGGUGCACGUGCAAAAGUGGAUAUAAGGGGACUGGAACUAGUUGUGAAGAUGCUGAUGAAUGUUCUCAAGGGACCCAUAGAUGCAGUUCUGAUGCAACAUGCAGAAAUACAAUCGGUUCAUACCGGUGCACAUGCACAUAUGGCUAUAAGGAGACAGGAUUUAGUUGUGAAGAUGCUGAUGAAUGUUCUCAAGGGACCCAUGGAUGCAGUUCUAAUGCAAUAUGCACGAAUACAAUUGGUUCAUACAGGUGCACGUGCAAAAGUGGAUAUAAGGGGACUGGAACUAGUUGUGAAGAUGCUGAUGAAUGUUCUCAAGGGACCCAUAGAUGCAGUUCUAAUGCAAUAUGCACAAAUACAAUUGGUUCAUACAGGUGCACGUGCAAAAGUGGAUAUAAGGGGACUGGAAUAAGUUGUGAAGGUGACGGGUCUUCCUCUAAAAGUGCAAGCAAAGCUGGAAUAUACAUCGGUGGAGCCAUCGGUGGAGUCGUCGGUGUUGUCCUCAUAAUACUUAUUAUCAUCACUGCCGUUCUUUGUUGUUGCAAGAGAUCGCAUGAUUCUGAGGUGCUUUCUACAGCAAUACAAACAAGCUAUUCUCAAACUGCUACCUCAGCAGCAUACAUCGUCGCCAAUACCUCAGCAAAUGGUACCUUUAUGCAAAAUGGAGAGCGGUGGCAGCAGUGUAUGCCACAGCGUUCUGUCAUAUUCAGUGGAGGGGAUGCCUCUUAUCCACUAGCAGAGUUAGCACCUUUUCCACCACAUGCCUCAAGUGUGACACCAAAUAUCGACACAAUACAAACGCCUGAAUACCAAACAGCCAUUGUACCAAACAGUACCUUUCCGACGGCCCCCUUCUCUGUAGCCAACUAGCAUGGUCUCUAGCAGUUCACUCCACCGCAGAAUCCAAGCUUCUUCGCAUCUCCUUAGGAUUAGAAUAUUAGAUGAUAUUCCUAUAUGGAACUAUCAAGAUAACAUUUUUAACUAGUUCCGUUGUAUGCUCAAUGGUUUUCAUCAUAUAUAUAUAACAAUGAUUAAAAGGAAUGAAGUCCUUGAAUCGACCGUAAAUGGCUCUCGAAACUAUAAACAUCCAGAUGCAUUUCUUAAUGAACAGUAACAUGUAAAUGAUGAAAUAUUGGGAAGGAUUCUUUUCAAUCUGUUUUCUUUAUAAAAUUGAGUAGUACAUUUCAUAAAUUUGAUUACAUUCGGUCAGGAAAAUUCUACGAAGGCCGUUUUACUUACAAAUUAGCAAUUAUUGUAUUAGAGUGUUCAAAUUUUUUUUAAAAAUUGUACCAUACCUUUUGCGAAGUAAAAUAGUAGUUUUUUAAAUUCCUAUUGUUACUAUUUUAAACUUUAUUUAUUAAUGAUAUAUGGUUAAGUUGCAAUGUAUAUCUAUACAGACUGGCUGAAUACACGCAAUACCUACACGCACACGAUACCUAUACUCAAAUUCGGUUACGCGAUUUUUUCUAUAUACAUAAUAUAUAUAUCGAUGUAUCGAUCUCCCUGACAACUACAUCCCAGAUGCUUUUUUCAAUGCUUCAUUUAAAGUUGGAAUACACCUUUCCUGAGUUUUUUCAUUAGCCUCGUAUCCCAGUCACCUGGAAUCGAGGUCUAGCUUGAUAAAAUUUGUUUGUAGCGGAAAUAAUAGAUGUGGAUAAUACUUGUGAGACCAAGUUCCCUUGCAAAAACGUCGAAAAAGCUGCAGAAUCUGAGGUAGAAUCUAAUAUGAAUAUCGUUUGGGGGAAAAGCUUGAAAGAAAUGCCACUUUUCUUCGUCAAGGAGAUAGAGAUCCAUAGAAAAUCUCGUGGUAAAGGCAGCGCAAUCAUCAAAACCUUGGACCGCGGUAGAAAGUUCAAAGAGGAGAGGUAUCUGUCGGCUGAUAGUAUUUUCACCACUGUUUCUGGAAACCACUUUAAUGUCAAAGCAAAAUGUAAGGCUAGCAUGAAAAAAGAAAUUCGCAGAGUUGAAGUUUCGCUAGACGGGGAAACUGGCCUUGUUGUUUCAUCAAAGAGCUCUUAAAUCAAUUGACAAUGGUGCCAGAGGAGAUUCCGUUUACCUGUAGACUAGACAAUGGGGAAUUCCUGAAGAAAAUAUGUUGGGUGUAUACUGAUAGAUCUACUACUAUAAAAACUACUAAAUCCUGUUGUCUUUACUCUUAGACUAAAAACUGUUGACUUCCAAGUAAACUUCUACAAGUAAUUACUUUCAAAGUAAAUGUUGCUUAGGCCUGUUACUUAUGCCAAAAUGUUGACCUUGACUCUCUGGGAAUAUUCUUGAUUCAACUGAUUAUACUAGAGAGGAAAUGUAAAUAUAUAUCUAGAAAAUAUGAAGAAAAUAUGCCACAAAAGAGCCAUUCAUGACAAAAACUGUUAAAAAGUUGGGUGUAAAAAGGGAAUAUAAUGCACAGUAUAUGAUCCAAGAUUGAACGAAAUCAAGUCUGAUCUAAAGAUGAGAGCUUUAGACAUGGAAGCAAAGCUUGCUAAAAAAGAUGAAAAAAUUGGCUUUGCUCACUGCAUUGAUUUUUCCCUGAACGAAAUUCAUUCAGACCUCCCUAGAAUAUUUUUGUGCCUGCGGGCACAAACUGUUUUGCAAAAGGUGCCUGCAAGAUUUUUUUCAAAUGUAAUGCGUAGGAUAUAUAAUUUUUCAAAAUAAGAGGCAUAAAGUAAUGUUUAAUGACUCAUCGUACACGAAUGGAAAAAAUAGGUCCUGUAGGCAAACUGAUUUCUGUCUAGAAUUCUAUUUGGGAAAGCCAGUAGUUUGUUUGCUCCGGGAAAAGGGGCGAUGAUUUUAUCAAUAAAAAUAGCAUUAAACAGAUUUUAGCUUACGACAUAAAGGGAAAUCAAGUCAAGUCAUAUUUUUUCAUUCGUUCCAAAACAUUUGAAGCGAUUGAAUCCUUAAUUUUAUUCGAGCAGCGAACUAAAUGGCAGUUGGUUUCAUUGCUUGAUAUUGUUUGAUACUAUAAUUAAAGAUGUUUUCAGCUUUUUUAGCAUUUGGAUCAUUAACAGCAAU